AUGACUGAUCCCAAAAAGACAACUCCAUAUCAAAGAACUGGGUCUGAGUUCAGCCAAGGAGCUUCAGCCCUUCUUACUAAGCGCCCAAGGAAGCUGAUAUCUUUCCAACACAUCUUAGCAAAUUUCGAGGUUGCCACGUACUCGCUGGCUCACGCGCUCGUGAUAGGGUUUUGGGGUUCCGCACAAUUGCAGCCGCAGAUUGACGUAGAAGUCCAGAUAGUGACGCAAGUAAGGAAACAAUCCGCUAUCGGUUCUGUUUUUGCAUCUGUUGCACUUACAGCAAUGGAGAAUCUAGUACAUUGCUUGGACAAAGACAACAAUCCAACACAAUUGAUUGGGCAUUUACUAGAUCCCGGCGCAUAUGAGACUUUGAAAGAGCUGCACAUGCACAAUCUCCAAUGGACUUCUUUCCAUAUGAUUCUUGACUUGCUUUUCGAAAGACCUAUUUGGCCCAUCUUUAACAAUCUACAAGUGCGUGAUGCAUCUUUGGGAGUGUUAUGCAAGUCAGGGAUUGGAUCUAUUGAACCUCACCUGCCGAUGAAAGGUAUCUCAUUGACGGAUUGCAAUUAUUUUACAGCACAAAAUAUCACCUGCCAGUUCCUGGUGUUCUGUGCAAUUUGUAAAGGCAUCCGGAAUGGGGAAAAUCGUAUGGUUGCAAGUUCAGAGGCGGUUAAAUUCAAAGUGAUGACAAUAUUCCUGAAAGCAAUAAAAUUAUUGACCACUUCCAAAAGCAAAGAUUUGUGUGAGAUCAUCAAUGCCUUUGACAAGAAAAUCUAUUUGGCUUCCAAACACAAGCUUUUCCUUCUGGAGGGCUUGGCAUGCAAAAUGCUUUGUAAUUAUAUAGAAAAUUUCAGAGUUCAGGCCUCUAGACUUGCUUAUGGAUACCGCCUUUUGGCCUAUAGAGCCUAUCAAAGUUGCGGCACAAAGUGUCAAGAUAUGAAGAGAAAACACAAGGUCCGUCUACCAAGACACUCCGAAUACUCCCCCAUGGCUCUGUGUGUUACAAGCAAUAGGAAUAUUUCCGCACUAACCAAGACUACUUCUCCUGACUUAAAUGAGCAAUCCAAAAAGCCACCUGUCUCCAAUUCAGCCUCACCACAUCUUGGGUUGCCAGUAAUACCGGAGAUGCCAAGCACCUUAACCACCAUGGAGCAAUCCACAGGAAACUUAUCGCACCCUUCUAAUACAUCACAAAGGGUGUUCAAUAAUUCUGAGACAACAAAGCAAAACUUUGACGUUGCUGCACUUCUGGCUGCAUCUCACACUUGGCAAACAUAA